UGUGCUUUCAAGGCCUAGGUUGAGCUUUGGUAGUGGCGUGCGAGGGGUGUACAUAACAAUAGCCCGUCAAGGUAGAGGUGUAUCCUUACACCAGGUAGGUAUCAAAGGUAUCCCCGUGUACGGUCAGACUUGGCCUAGCACUUGCUCAUGGUAAAUGCGAUGACGAACAGAGAAUUUUGGAACAACUUUUUCGAUUUUUGCCGAAUUUUUGUGGAACGUGAUUGCGGUUUUCGUGAAGUUUUAUGAACACGAGUGAAUGUUGUUCUUGUUUGUGGAAAUUAUUUUCAAUAAAUUUCAAUGUUGAAGUGGGUUGUAAACAGAAAAUCAGUGUCGGGAAAUCAGCAGGCAUCAGAGCAGCAGAAGAGCCACAGUUUGAAAAGAGAAGCUCACCCACAAUCAGAAAAUACCCCGAAACGAAGAAGGUUGAAAACGCCUACUAGAAAGUCCAAUACAAUCGCUCGCCUAGGGACAAAAAGAGACAAAACUGUUUCACAUACCGAAAAAGAAAACCAAAAUUCUCUCGGAAAUUUAUUCUCACCUACAACAGGAUUCAGUGUUCAGAAUCCUUUACGCGAUGUGAGCAAUUUUACACCUUCGUGUUCCGUUCCCUUGAUGAAGUCUGCAGGAUACAAUGCAACAAACAAUAUUUCCAGUUCUUUUGCGUGUGAUGGGUACAAUAGUAGAAAUUGUAAAUGUAGAUUGUUAGAUUUAUGUUACUCCAGCACCUCCAAAUACUCAGUUACCUGUUACUGCAACGAGUGGCUCAAAAAAGAGGAAAAGACUGCACCAACUUUACCAUCUUUAGCUGCAGAAGAUUCACCUUGUAUAUCUAGGACGUGCAAAGUUACUUGUAAUUGUCAGGACAUUCAGGAUGAUUUUCUUUCAAAAAAUUUUACGAUACCAUCACAAACCAAACUGAUAAACAAGCCAACAGAAAAAGAGGAAGAAGACAAUGGUACAGUACCUUUCAAAGAGCAAAAUCCUUUUCGUGAAAGCAGUGCGAAGGACGAUGAUCCAGAAGGAUGUAAUGAUGAUUUUGCGAAGCAUUCUCCUGAUGCAAAUUUGAAAGAGGAUGCUUCGAUGUCUGAAGAGAGAAGAAGUGAAGUAUCUCCAUUGGUUGAGAAGUUCUUUAACCUUAAUUUCAGUAAAGUAAGUGUUGAGGAACACCAAAAAUUCAUCAACAACUCGUCCUUGAUUAACAAUUUAUCAUUAGACGAGAUAGUUAAUGCAGUGCUUGAUAUAUCCACAGAAAAUAGUAUAACAAAAGGAAGAAAAGAAGAUCUAAUAAAAGCAUCUUCAUUUGAAAAGGACAGUGACAACAACUAUAACGUUCAGGACAACGUGGUGAACUCGAACCAAGAAGAACAAACAGCACCAUCAACAUCAACUGGUUGCAACUCAAUCGAUUCCGGGUUUAGCGGAACGUUCGACAGACAAGUUCACGAAAUAGACACCAACUUUAAAUGCAAAUGUAGAAAAAAGAAUCAUAAAUCGAGAAGGCGAAAUUGCGUUAUGGGUUACAGAAAGAAUCAUUGUAAAAGUCGCUGGGAUCGAAGGAGAACUCUUGAAGCAGAAAAUACUUUGAUAGAACUUAACAACACCUUCAACGAAAGAAGUGUAGAUGUGUGUAAUGGCAACAAUAAACGGAAGAGGCUUUCAAACAGAAAAAACGAAGUCAAUACUUCACGCGAUAACAAUUCCUCUUUUACACUAAAACGACAGAAAUGUAUUAGACGACGUAAAACACUUUCUAAUGCCGAUUUAAAAAGCAGUAAAAAAUCGGCACAUCAAACAUUACAAGGGCCGCUAAGUGAAAGAAGUCAGUUUUGUUCUGAUGGUAAUUUUGGAAGCGGGCAAUUGAAAGAAUCGAGGGUUUCAGACGAGAGGAAGUCUAGAAGAUGCUUGGAUUUUUAUUCACCAAAUAUCAGCGAGUCCUUUUGCAAUGUCGGUGGAUCGUCGACUCCCAAGGCGAAAGUUGAGAGUGAAAAAGAGCAGGGAUCCGUCGAUUUGGAGUGUUAUUAUCGGGAUGGAAUGCUUGGAGUUCGAGUACAUAAUCGUCAUACGCAAGGGUGGAUAGAAAACUCAGGGCAAUCUGUUUACAUAAAAAUAGUUGUUAAACCCUUAAAUAAAAAUGAGAAAGAAGACUCAUGUUCCCACAGGACUCAGCUAAGGAAAGAAGUUUGCAGUUCCCUAUUGAACUACACCUUCCAAUUUCCUAUCAAGGACAGCAAUCUUUUAGAAGCCCUUCGAGUAGAAGUUUGGCUGAAGAAUACUCAAGCAAGACAGAGCAAAUUUUUGGGAAGUACCUGUUUUUUCAUUAAAGAUGCAGUUGAAGAGCAAGACCCUGGUUCCUCAAUUCUUCUAUCAACUCAACGGUUUGUUCCUACUAAUGAAGAAAUAAUAGUCGAUACAGCAUUACGAGAAACAGAAGAGUUCCCAACAUCAACAACUAUUCAACGAACAAGAAAAAUGAACAAUAGCCAAUCCACUAAUGAAGAAAUUAUUAGUUUAGAUGAUCAAGACGAACUAACGAAAACCGUCAAUAAAGAAUUGCUUAAUGAACAGCAGAAAGAAGCCGACGAAAAUGUUUUUCUGAGGUAUCUAGAAUUGGAUCCAAUGGAGGGACCAGAAGCAAUUCCCGCUGCUACGCAAAGGAAAGCGACCGGGAAUAAAAGUGGCAGGACGCCGUUUACAUCCACUAAAAUAUUAACGAAGAUCCCUAAAACGAGCUUCGGCUUUUCAGUCGUCUGGACGCACCCGCCUCGAGUCGAGAGGAUAGAAAAGGGAUCGCCUGCAGAGAAAGCCGGGAUGAUGCCGGGAGAUUAUAUCAUUUUCGUUGAUAAGCAUAACGUCGUCAUGAUGCCGGAAGUCGAUAUCUUGAAUCUCAUUAAGUCAUGUGGCAAUCAGUUAACUUUAGAAAUAUUUCGAAGACAUCCGUCCAAAAAUGGCCCAUCUCCUAAUUACCACCAAGCGAAUAAGUUUUCCGGAAGUACUAGCAAGUUACUUACUUCUUCGUCGGCAUUAACCUAUCAUCGACCGUCUACAGUGGGCUCCACCCAUACCACCAACCUUGCUUCCGUCGACUGCAACCGGAAGAGGUUGCAUUUACCCCAAGUCACGUUUAGUUCUGAGAAAACAAUAAUGGAUCCGGAAGAAGCCCGAAGAAAAACCCUGUAUCAAAUAAUUAAUAAGGAACAAGCGUACGUAACGGAAUUACAAUUUGGAACCAACAGGUUUCUGUUUCCCUUAGCUGAAAGAAGAGACAUCCUCAGUCCAAUGGAGCAUAGAAUACUAUUUCAAAAUUUAGAAGAGAUUCUAAAAAUAAGUGAAGACAUUUUGGACAAUAUAGUCCAAGAAGACGGGGAACAAAGCAUCCAAAAUGUGCCGUUUGCAUUCUAUAGGAAAUUAGCAGAGUUCACUACGGCCUACAGGAAGUACUGCUCAGGAAUCAAGAAGGCCGAUUGUGUUUUGGCAGAUCGUACAAAAUAUGCAAACUCGGGAUUCGUACGAUUCCUACAAACGCCUCUUAUUCCGAGAAAACGACCUGACAUCACGGCCUUUAUUCACAGACCUUUACAGCACUAUAGGGAUAUUUUGAACUUGUUUAGUACAGCAUUAGGGUAUUCUAAUUCCAAACAUGACGAUUACAAUCAUCUAGUCAAAAUCGUCAAGGAAAUGCAAGUGACUUAUAGAAAUAUAACAAAGGAGGCUGGAUUUAUGGAACCAGGGGGUGAAGGGCGACUAUUACUUUCCGUUCAAGAUUUAGAAAAUCGCCUUGUUUUCACAAAGUGUAAGCCUUUUAUUUUAAAUAAGCCAGGAAGACAUUGGAUAUUUGGAGGAGAACUUUUCAGGGUAGAAGGGCGAAAUAUAAGACAAUAUUGGACUCUCCUUUUCACAGACAUACUUCUAUUUGCCAAGGUUUCAAGAGACAGAGUACUGUUUAUCACCGAAGAACCCCUUCCCUUAUCAUACAUAGCAGAAAUUAUAUUUACAGUUAGAAAAAAAUCUACUGAAUUUAGACUUUUGGUCCAACCUGGAGGUGCUAGUGCCAAAAGUCCGACAGUCCAUUGUGGCUUAGAUAUAACAAAAGCUCCUAGAAAACAGGGUGGAAAACGAUGCAUAGUUUUACGUGCACCUAACAUAGAGUCCAAAGCAAUAUGGCAAAAUUUAUUGCAGAGGCAAAUCUUUCGAGUAAAUUCUGGAAUGGAGAGCAGCACCUUUAGUAGUCCGUUAGAAUCCCCCGAAGUUCCCCUAAACUUCUCAGCCGCUACACUACAAUCGACCGACUCAUUGAGCAAUCGUCGACAGAACGCUCAGUAUUCGAGCCAGUCUGACCCCUACGACUCACAGAAGCAGAUACACGAGCUAAUUGAGCACAAAUGCAAACAACUGGGCAAGACGGGGGAUAGGGGCAAGGGCACUGCCAUUCAUCUCGAACACUGGAUGAAAAAUCAACUAACUUCAAUUGCUAACGCUUCUCCUGACGAUGAACCUAUUGACGAAAUAUGGUCCGAGGAACAAUUGCGAAAGAGAACGCAGGAACUUCUCUCAGGAGAUAGCGGCAGAACCACCGAAAGAAACGAGAGCAGAUGCGAAAAAAUGGAAUUCUCUGACGUUAGUCCUUCCAAAAGUACUAGCUUUGAAUCCCAGGUUACCGUAAAAUCCAGCCCAGUUGGUCAAGGAUCUGUGAAAGUUUGCAAACAAUGUCAGAAAACUUGCCUAACAAAUUCUAACAAUAACAUAAUGAACAACAAUUAUUUAAACAAUCACGACAACAACGACAUCGAAUGCGGCAAACAACAACAUUCGGAAAAUCAUGAUAACAGUGAUGUGUUUGAAUUAGUCAAUAACGAAUGCGUGGAUAGAAGUCAUUUCGAUCAAGUUCCGAAAGAUUUGGACUUGGACAAUGCGAAUAUUAAAAAUAAUAACGAUCCAUUUUUGCCAAUACCUCGGAUAAGCGUGAACCCUCCCACUCCAGAUAUGAGACGGAAGGUGCAUAGAAAUAACGAGGAUAAUUCCGAAGAUGAACAAUCCUUACAGGAUCAAUCAAGCGAUGAACAAAGCGUUAAUGAGAACAAUGAGAGUGACGACGACGACGAGUCCCAAGAUAAUUUUCCUUCUUAUGACGAACAGCCUUAUCAUGUAUUAAGUAAAUCGAAUCCUAACUUGAGACGGUACGGUACACUCUCUAGUUUGAAAAAAUUAGACUCUCAAGAGAUCGAAGAAGAGGAAAACUCGGAUAGCGACGAAAGCGACGAACAAGGAAUCGAUAAUGAGGGCUUUAAUCAUUCAACGAUCAGGAGCUGGACCUCUAGAGCUGGAGCGUAUGUGUCUGAGAAAAUUGCGUUUUUUGAACGGCUUGGGGAAGAUUACAAAACGGGUGCAGGGUUUUUUGAACGGUAUUUAAAAACGACGGAAGUUCAUGAGGAAGAAUGCGAAAAUUCGGCAGCUACAUCCGGUGAAGAAGUUUGGGGAACACCAACGAGUGGUGGGGAUCUAGACGAUCCAUCAGUGUACUCCAAUUGUGAUGGACAAAGAUCGUUAAGUAUGGACUCAGGGUCUUCCGAAAACGAUGACGACGCCGAACUGAUAAUGGACGAAUUGUUAAUGACACCACCGGUGGCGAGUGUAAAUAUUAGGGGUCUUCUACCCCGUACAACGUUAGAGCCUUUGAUGGAAGAGGACUCAGACACAUGUACAUCUUCUUCAUCUUCAACCGCCGCACAAUCACCACUUUCGAAGCAGGGCAACGUAAAUGGAACUGUUGCUGACGCCUGCUCUAUUGUUGUAAAAAAAGAAGUGGCGAUAGUGGAAAAUCAUAUGGACGAUGCGCGUCAAGUAGUCGAAGGGAAUCCCAAAUGUUUUACGUCAGCUACGUCGGAGACUCAACUGCGUAUUCACCGCUCCGAGAGCUACCGGAACAUCAUAGACGCCGAAGACGAAGGCGUCGGUUUCUUCCGAAGACUAAAUCCAACAUUAGUCAAGAUCGAAAAUGUCAACAAAUGCAGAAGUAUUAGAUUGUUAGAAAUUCUCAAUGUUCGUAAAGGGGAAAGGAAGAUUUACGAAACAUUUCCCACGGAAACGGAAGUAAUAAAGUUAUUUAGCAAGGAAGGAUCAACUUCCCACGAUGUUCCGACUACCUAUGGGAGGCAACCGCCUUUUUCACCGAAAAAACCUAAAGACAAACCAUCCGAUCGAAGAUUUUGGAGACAGUUGAGUAGAAGACGAGGAAGUAAAGCAAUGGAUUCGGGGACCUAACAGAAAGUGGCGAUUGCACGCUCUCCGUUCAGGAAUAUAUUUAAUAAGUGCUUUGGACGUUGGCGUUGGCUUAAGUGGAAGAAUUUGUAACAAGAAAAAAUACUCGUAGCUCAAAGCUUGAAAUGUUCGUUGAAGUUGAAACUUUUAAUCGAAGUUUUAU